AGACUUUCGGCCUUUUGGCGACGCGGGGCCUGCCCUCUGCUGUGUAGCGAUUACGUGGCGCGAAAGCGGAGACGGGACGCAAGCGCGGCAUCAUGGCGGCUCCCGGUGGUCGGUCGAGGGUGCUCUUGCUACUGCUGGUGGCCGGGAUCGUAUCCCGUGCGUGGGGCCUUUACUUCCACUUGGGCGAAACGGAACGCAAAUGCUUCAUCGAGGAGAUCCCGGACGAGACCAUGGUCAUCGGGAAUUACCGGACGCAGUUGUACGAUAAGCAGCGAGAAGAGUACCUUCCUGCUACUCCGGGCCUGGGCAUGUUUGUGGAGGUGAAGGACCCCGAUGAAAAGGUGGUGUUGUCACGGCAGUAUGGCUCAGAGGGCAGAUUCAUCUUUACUUCACACACCCCAGGAGAGCAUCAGAUCUGCCUGCACUCCAAUUCCACAAAGUUUUCCCUUUUUGCAGGAGGCAUGCUGAGGGUCCAUCUUGACAUCCAAGUUGGGGAACAUGCCAAUGAUUAUGCUGAGAUUGCAGCUAAGGACAAGCUGAGUGAGCUGCAGUUGCGUGUUCGCCAGCUUCUGGAGCAGAUAGAACAGAUCCAGAAAGAACAAAACUACCAAAGGUGGCGAGAGGAGCGUUUCCGGCAAACCAGUGAAAGCACAAACCAGAGGGUUCUCUGGUGGUCCAUAAUUCAGACUCUCAUCCUUGUAGUCAUUGGAGUUUGGCAAAUGAGACACCUCAAGAGUUUCUUUGAAGCCAAGAAGCUGGUAUAAAACAAGAGUAAUAUCAGCCCAAAGCCUGCAUUUCUCCCAGGAACAGUUCCUGGCACUUCAGGUGUCUGCAUUGAUCUUCUCUUUUCUCAUUGGCCCUUUCCACCAGACUGGUUACUUGCCAGGAUCUGUGCCAUCUACCUCCCACUGUGUCAGCUCUUCUUCCUUCUUCAACAUGUCAGCCUGUGGUGAUUUCAAUGCAGUGCUUUGGCCCCAGGAAGAUGCUGCCUUCUUUCCAGAUAGUCAAGACCAGUCCCCCUCUCUAGCUCUAUAGGAAGAGUGUGCUUUGUUUUUGUAUUUGCAGAGAGGGGAGGAAGGCACCAUGUCUUCCACUUUUCUCCUGACUAAAUAUGUUCUUCAGAAUUAGACUCUCUUCUGAAAGGUGAUUGGAACUUUGCGUAGCCAGUAUCACAGUUUAUCAGAGCCAAGAAAACUUGCAAUUUUUAACUGUGUUGUAUAUGUACUAGCACUGAUUUCUAAAUACCACCAGUGCACCACUCAGGAGAAUGUUUUGAAUGAGAAGAUCUGGAGGCUCUCCUUUCAAUUCUCCUUUUCAUCAUAAAUAGGAUGCAGUUUGAUUUGGGGAUUUGCUGCUAUGGAAUUAAUAGGAUUCUUUCUGAAAGAAAUCUGUGUUACGGGAUUAAUGUGCUGAUCACUGGGCUACUAAUAAAAGAUGAUUAAGUAUUGAAAUUCACUUAUGCUCUUCUUCUCUAUCUUGUUAAAAUUGAUUUUUCCUGUCUAUACCUACUCACCAUUUUCUGGCAUAGACAAUACUUCAUUUUCUUAUUACCUUGAAUGUAUAAGCAGUUGCAAGGUUGCUUUUACAACAGUGCAACUUAAAGUAGCAGCAUUCAAUAGGAUAUAUGCAGCAGUAUCUGCAGCAAACCACAGUGAAACCAAAAUUAUGACAUAAAUGUAUUAUACAGAUGCCACCUAGUUGCAUCUAAGUAUGUGUUAUUUCUACAUAAGUUGGCAUUUGCAUGUCAACAUGACACACAUUUUGUCAUCUCCUGUCAUGUCCUUGCAAAUGCCCAUGUAUACAAGUUUCUGCUGCUCCACCAAUAAGAUCCUAAUUACAUUUAUUAGGAAGAAAAUCCUACUGAUUUCAUUGGAAUGCCCUUCCAAAUAAAGUUGCUAACAUUUGUAGCUUAAAUCUUGUUUGGGUUUCUGUUGCCAAAUUCUUGGCUAUCUAGCAAAUUCUACAUAAUCAUUGUUACAAAAUUAAGGACACAUUUCUUGCUGUCCCUUCCUCUAAAUAUGAGGUGCAGUUUUGGGGUGAAGAAAAAAAAUGACUUGAUUCAGACAUUAAAAUGUGUGGCCAGUAAACUAUAUUCUGCUAUAUCAAAGAAUAAACUGCUUAAAUUUUUUGCCCCUUGUGCACCUGGCUAUAUUUUUUAGCAUGCCAUACUUUAACAAGCGGUGGUUCUAAGCUGCAAAGUUUAAGCCACAUUACCUUAGUUUGGAACACAGGGGAAACUGAAUGGAUAAGCCAGCCUCAAAAAUGGGUAUAGAAAAGGGAGUUGCAAAAUGAUGGGAUAUUUUAUGUUGUCCGACUUCAUUUUGCACUCAGGAUUAUUUGUCUGAAUUGGGUCAUUUUUAGGCAACUAGAGUAAAGGUUCUGUUAUUGCUUGAUGUUUGUGAACUGCACUUCUGAAUAAGCUUGAAGCAUUGUUGGCUUAUGUUGACCAUCUGAUUUGCUUUUUUAUCUCUUACGGGGAGCAUGGCAGGAUUGGUGGAAUGAAUGCAAGCAUUGUACUCAUUCCUUUGUCUAUCCAUACCUCCUUUUCACUAUAGAAGUCUGAAAAUUUUAUUUGCAGUUUUGUAAAGAAUGAGUAUAAAACUUAAGCGAUGGUGUAUUAUUUAGUCCAUAUCUGUUUGAAAUAUAUGUAUUGUUUCUUUAUAAGUUUGCAUAGGAUUUUCUUUCCUUAAUGCUAAUGGUAGUUUAUUACCUAAGCAGACUGCAGAACUCUGUAAGAUGGAGAACUAACUGCAGUGAGUUCUGCAAUUCAGAUGUCACCAAAUAAAUCUAAUGAACCUUAUUUGUACGUGGAAUAAAUGUGUUAUGUAACUGGUUUAAUAAUGAUUUUAUUGCUGAAAUACCUGAGGAUGAACUUAAAUUGUUAAGAAACUUGAUCAGACAAGUGAACUCCAACCUGUUUCCAAUUAUCCAUAAUACUAAGUCACAAAACAAUAUUGAAUGGAGUUCCACUCAAAACAAUUAUUUUUCAUAAUUCAGUUGUAUCUCUUGAUUGGACUAUAUAACAUGCCAGAAUUAAUUCUGAAAUAAAUCUUGGUGUACUGGGAAAAUGGGAGCUUCUUAGAUUGUAAAGGAAGAAUCCAGCAGUGUUGUUUUCCUGUUCUUGGAAUGUGGUAUGCUGAGAAGGAUGUCUUUGGAAUAACCCAAACAUUUUAGAAUGACUUCACCAUUGCCAUUCAUUGGUAUAUUCACAAUGUCAGAAGGACAUUAAAUUAAUAUGUCUGCACAAUCCAAUUGAAGCAUUUGAGUUUUUGGCCGCCUUUUACUGCUAUACUUGAAACAAGUUAUCUUUUAAGUGGGAGAAGAAAUACUGUAAACGUUUUUAGGAGAGAGGGUGAUUUUAAUAAAUGAUCUGACCUUAAUGUUUUGUUUAUUGAAGGUACUUAAUUCUGGUUGGUAUUGUAAUGAGAGAAAUUAAAAAUGGUUGUUUCCUUCU